AUGGGCAACGGUCGGAAAGCGUCCUGCCUACUCUGUCAACGCUCGGAAGAGACGAAGAUAACCGGAGCUCUGUCGACCAAAGAGCAAGUCACGGCCCACCAGAAUUGUUUGCUGUUCUCCUCUGGAAUCUUCUGCACGGACUCUCCGCUGCUGGACGACCUGUUUGGAUUCUCGGUGGACGACGUGCUGGAUGAGGUGAAGCGAGGGAGCAGACUGCUCUGCUACCACUGUAAGAAAAAGGGCGCCACUGCAGGGUGUGAGAACAAACGCUGCAAGAAAUCCUUCCAUUACCCCUGCGCCGUUCAGGGGGGGGCUGAGAUUUUUGAGGAUCACCAACAUGGGAAAUUUGGGUUAUACUGUCUGAAACACAGAAAGCAAAGUAAUGGUGAUUAUGCGAGAGCAUUCCAAAGACAUCAAUUCUCUAACAAUUCCAGCGAGGCGGGGCCGUCCAAGGCUAUUCCUCUGCAGCCAGAGCAUCUUCUAAGGGAAGAAGAGGAGAACUCCUUUAAGAGGAAGUCUGUAAACUGGAAUAGAAUCGUAUCUGAUGAUUCUUCAGACUCUGAUAAAGAACUUAUUCCUCCAUUAGAGUCUGAUAUAGAGGAGAGUCAAAACCUGGCUACAGAGGAUGCUGAGUCGGAGAGCCUGCUGCCCCCCGUGGGGGGAGCCGCCCCCAGCCCCCCGCCUCCCGCCGCGCCGGCCCAGCUGCCCCGGGUCGUUUCCGUGGAGAUUCAGACGCUCAAGAGAGAGUGUGACAGUGAGAGCCAGCCCUGUUUGCUGAGAGGCAGCCCUGAAACCCCCAUGUUGGGUAUGGAAACAAAAAUAACUGCACUAGCCCCCGCCCUGAACCGGGCCCCCCCCCCCCCCCCCCCCAACCGGGCCCCCCCCCCCCCCCCCGCCGGGCCCGCUCCCCGGCCGUCUGUGCCCCCCCCCCCACCUGCAAACCCGGCGCCCACUGUCGACUCGGCCGCGUUCUGGAGAAGCUGCAACGCAGCGGGCUGCACGCAGGCCCUCUUCACCCACUUAGUGGAGGGGCUGAAGGACGUGUGCAGCAGAAUCCACACCCACCAGGCCAGCCAGGAGGAUUUUGAUUGGGCUCUGUCAGUGAUGGAGGCUUCUGGGAAACUCGGAGAGUUUGUGAGCAGGCAGCAGGAAGAAUUACAGAGGAAGCAGAUGGAGCUGCUGACGGCGGCGGCAGCCAUGAAGGAGGUCGUCUCAGCGCUGAAGAAAUAA